UAGAGCUCUGUAGUACAUGUGGGUAAUAUUGAAAUAAACCAGUCGUUGUUUAGACCUUGAACAGUGUGUAUCAUUUAUACAUUUCACAACUACUACAUGGUGUCAGGUGUGGCCUAAGGCAGAAUAAGUGCAAAAAUAGUGGUUUUGUGUUGUUUGUGAAGUGUGUGAUAUAACUGCAAACAAUGACGAGCAAAACAACGACUCGCGGCGAACCGGCCGGGCCGAGCAUGACGUACUCGGCAAUACAACAACCGGCCGCCAUGAGCGAUGCGGGCAACGUACUUAUGAACUGGCGUGAAUGGAAAACCUUGUUCGAUUGCUACAUCAUUGCAGCUGGAAAAGAAAAGGCGUCUUCUCGUGAGAAAUGCGCUUUAUUUCUACAUGUCAUUGGCAAAGCGGGCAGAGAAAUAUUUGAGGAACUAGACUUAGAUGACAAGGCAAAAACUGAUUACGACGAGCUGGUCCUAAGAUUCACCAUGCAUUGUGAUCCAGCUCGAAAUGUUAAUUUUGAAAGGCAUUUGUUUUUUGAGAUUUAUCAAGGAGCGGAAAACCUUAUCCUCACGCAAAUGAUACGAGGCAUAAAAGGUUCAUAUAUGCGGGAGAGACUACUGGCUAUAAGCAAAUUGGAGUUGGAUGACGCCGUGUCAUGGUGUCGCGCUGAGGAGGGCCCAUAG